AAAAACCCUUGAAAAGCUUGAAAAAAAAACCGCCAAAAAUCAAGAAUAAAGAUAGAAACUCGGUCCUUGACCAUGUAAGAGUAGUUUUAAACCAGCACUCUCCCUUGGAGUCGAAUGAGCCCAACGAAAACUCUGGUGUAAAACAAAGGCCAUUUAAAAGAAAAAGGUCGCUAAAUGAUCUUGAAGGAAGAGGUGUUGACAAAAAGUCGAAAGUCAUAAAAGAGUUAGUGUCUGGGGAAAGAACUGACCUGCCUCCUAUUCCUCCCAUUGAAGAUUCAAUGUUCUUGGAAAUGGCCGAAUGCUUAGAGUAUUUUGGGGACAGUGCGAUCGGGCACUGUCUCAUGAAGAUCGCGAAGGAGCGCUAUCUUGGACGAUAUUCGGUAGGCACGAUAAGACGAAGUGUCCAAAUUAUGGAAUGUAAUAAAAUCCUGGCUGCAUAUACUUGGACAAUUCGUCUUCAUGAACUUAAUCAUAUGGAGUUUCCGAAAAUCAAAAAACUUCAUGCCGAUGCAUUCGAGGUAUACCUCGGUGCCUAUUACCUUACUUGUGGAGAAUCUGCCACUUGCAGAUAUUUAAAGGAUUUGAUGAUCCCACUGUUGGAUCUAGUAAUCGAGAAAGUGGGAUCUAAUGAUAAUAAUUAUCCAAAAGAUGCAUAUGUUGUAGCAUCAAAAUACUUUUCAAUGGAAUGGAUCUGUGAUCUUGAACCUCUGGAAAAAUAA